AUGACAACCACAGCCCAAACUUACCCUCCUCAAUCCGCAGCCUCCCGAGCCCUUGCACCCCUCAACGCCCUCUCGGGCGCCCUCGACACGCUUCAGCAAACUCUCCAAACCUCCACUACCUUCUCCGCGCUACCCAGUACGGCCAACACCCUUCUCGCCGCAGACGACUCGCUCUCUUCUGCCCUCGCCCUCCUCCACCAGCACCAAUCCAACUAUGCCCGCAUCCUCUCCCUUCGCUCGGAAGCCUUAGCCCUCGAAUCCCAGAUCAAGGAUAUCGUCCGCAAGGCCCGCUCCCUGCGCAGAGAAAUCACAGAUAUCCACCCCACCAUUGACACCGACGAUGCUGAAGCCGACAACGCAGAGCAACCAGAAGUCGACUACCAGCAGCUUCUCAACUUUGCCGCACGCAUCGGCAGGCAUAAUGCCGUUGCAAAGUUGGAGGCGGAGAAGGAGGGCGAGACCCUCAAACUCGAGGCCGUAAAGGCACGAAAGAAAUCCGAACAACUACAGCAGGCGCAAGGCACCACACAGGAGGCUGCUGCCGACGACAACAGCACGGACGCAACGGACAAGAUUCUCCGCGAAGCCGCCGAGCUGUCCGCCCGCAGCGACGCCUUCCACGUCUACUCGCGUCUGCCGUUUCCGGCUCCAGACAUGCUGCGACUCGGCGCACUGGGUCAACUACAGAAGGUGCGGGAGGACGAAGCAGGCGAUCCUGAGGGUGCGGUGGAGCGCGAGGCGGAGCGCUUGGUGCGGGAAACGGAGAGCGUCGCACCUGACGAGGGCAUGGCAAGAAGAGCCAGGGACAGAGAGGAGAAAGACAGAGAGGCGGAGACGCGGCGGCAGGAGAGAGCGGCAGCCGCGGCCGGGCCCUCCCAACCUCAGCAAGGUAGUAGAGCUGAGUCUGCUGAGUCCAAACCAGCAAGAGAGAAGAAGAAGCUGGAUCUCGACUUCCCUGGUGGGGAUGACAGUGAUGAAGAUUAG